GAAGCCUGAGGACUUGGUGCUAAGAGGUCACCUCUUUCCAGGAAGCAGAACUACUGUGCACGUGAAAUGCCCCAGGAGGUCUGAGCCGGGAUCCUGCCCAGCACCCAGCUUUUGCUUGCAUGCCCUUUCCAGGGGGCCUCAUCCUUCCCAUCUGACCUCUUGGCCAGCCCCCUGCCUAGGAGUGAAGGCAGAGACGUCUCCCCCCGGGAUCCUUCUCCCUCCCCUGAAGAGGACCAAGAGCGGGGCCAGGCAGGGAGGCCGAGGGAAUGGUCCCCGGACCCCCAAGACCUCCAUGGCGGGAGUCACUGACAUUCAAGGAUGUGGCUGUGGACUUCACCCAGGAGGAGUGGGGCCUCUUGGACCAUUCCCAGAAAAAGCUCUACAAGGAGGUGAUGCUGGAGAACUCCCAGAACCUGCUCUCCGUGGGAAUUCCAGUUCUCAGAGAAGAUUUGACCUCCCGUUUGAUGGAAAGGGAAGCAUCAUGGAUCUUGGAUCGAAAAGGCCCAAAGAACUCCACUCCAGGACCCUCCAGUCUCCCAUCGCGCACCCCCCGAAAACACAAGAGCAAGCGAAAGCCUUGGAUGCCCUUCACGACGGCACAACGGCUGGCCUUAGAACAGAAUUCCAACAGAAACAGUAUCUCUCGGCUAUAGAGCGAGCGGAGUUCUCUAGCUCCUUGAGCCUGUCCGAGACGCAGAUCCAGAGCUGGUUUGGGAAUCGCAGGGCAAAAGCCAAGCGAUUGCAGGAAGCCACACUGGAGAAACUCAAGGGGUAGCCAGGCUUCUUUUGCCUUCCCUUGCCCUGCCCUUCCCACUGGGGGCCCACCUACAGGGGUCACCUGCUCUUUUGGGGGCCUCAAGCACCUUUUCUCAGGGUACCCUGCAGCCAGUGAUCUUUCUACAACCCCAGUCCCAUAUGCCCCCAUCCUAGGGAGCAGUGAGAAAUUGAACAAAAAUGUUUGUUCCCAUAAAUGUGGAGCAAAACAGCUAGAAAAGUAACUAAGUAAAGCAGGAUACAGCUGGUCUUAUCUUGUUUUGCUGUUAGAAGUUAGUUAAGUAGAACAAAAGGUUCCAUAAAAUUGAAACAAUCGCUGAAAGUAACUGAGUAAAAUGGGAUUGUUUUGCUGUUAGAAGUCAGUAAGACAAAGGUUAAGCUUUGCUUACAGUGCACAUGCUUAUCAGGCUCAUGAAUACUAAUUUCUCCACUUGCAGGCUGGGCUAAGGCUGCCUUUUCUAAACAUGAGAUGCAUGUAGAAGGCGGAAAGACACAUCAAGGGGUAGAUGUGUAAUAAGCGUAUGGGAAAGGUGUACCCUCUGGAGUACUCAGUCAAUGAGGAAACAGAGGAGGGACUUUGUGGCAGGGAUUAGAGAUAAAUAGGAAACUCUUACUUUGGCGGUGGUGCCUAUUCAAUAGGACACCCGCUUUUGCAAAGGAGUAAUAAACUGGGUUUUUACCUUAA